AUGAAAAGCUGCAUGCGCACGCGGGUCUGGGUCAACGACGAGUUCGACGAGGAGUAUUUCCUGUACAUGCAUCAGCGUUGCGUCGACGAGUUUGGCGUCAACAUGGUCGAACGGUUCUUUCAUAUUCUGAUUGGCUUUCAUACCGGCAUACUCGAUAGCGUCGGCCGGUUCCCUGAGCGAUACGAACGAGCGCGGACGCGUUUGGCCGCCUUCGUCGACGACCUGAAAAUUGUGACAGAAGGUCUCGCCAGCGAUACCCAGCUACCCCCACGAGAUGUAGCAAUGAGGGAGAAAGUCUCAAAUACAACUGAUUCGCGCGCACUAUGGCAAGAAUUUGCCAAGAAAUGGCAGCUGGGUCUGACCGUGGACUACAGUUUCGUUCUCUGCAAGAUUGAAAACUGGGAGAAAGUCGUCGAGAAGAACCCACACCCACGCUUCCAAGUUCUCUGUUUGCUGGACCUGCCUCCCGAAAUCCUCAGUCACGUCAUGCUGGUCUCCGACCAGGAUCAGCGCAAAAGUUGGUAUAUGACUUGCAAGUCGCUGCAGGAACCAGCGUCCCGUUUCGUAUACGAGGUGAUCGAGUACUAUAUGGGAAUGUCCCUUGUCGCAAAGGAUCCCGCGGACGACAUACCCGCUGAUGCUGAAGAUCGUCACAGCAGGAUUUGUGCCUGCGCUCGCCAAGCCGCUUUCGCACAACGCGACGCUAUCUACGAGCGCAUGUGGCGUGCGACACGGAGUGAAGCCAUCUCUCGACAGACGCGACGCCUCACCUUUCACGAGUCGUGGACUAGCGAGUCGCACACGUUCUACCCCUUCAACUAUGUGGACUACCUGGAAAUUCCGUAUUACGGACUAUUCGGCCCUCUCUUCAAACGUCUCAGUAAGCAGCUGCUUCGGUCACCGGUGGUCGAAUUCUCGUAUCGCACUCGCUAUAUAAGCGAGGCUCUGUGGGUUGCUCUAUCGGGCUGCGAGACGCUCCGUACCCUCGAGUUGGAAACCAUUGUCCCAGCUGAUCUGCAGUGGGCCAUGGCACCCAGUGUGGUAAACCUUCGCCUCCGCAUGGAACAUCUACGAUACGAAGUCAACUGGCUCUGGAACAUCGCUUGCUUCUGCCCAUCCGCGCUCUUCCUCUCCUUUAUCGGUCACGAGGAGCACGGGGCGCCUGUCCUUCCUCGGAUUAUCGACAACAACGGCCACAACAUCAUGACGCAUAUACGACGCCUCGACCUGCGACGAGUACGCGCCGAAUCUCUGACGAUCUUGGCGGACGCUAUCGCGCUGGCUGGUCCAGCUCCCCUCACGCACCUCUCUAUCUCGCCAAUCGCGUCUCACAUCAAGCAGGAUGUCGCUCUCGCUCUCUGCGAUUCUUUUCGACAGGCACCUUACCUCCGCGUCCUUCGCAUCGCUAGUCUGCAGUAUGCUCGUCCCGAGUUCCUCGCCCUCCUAGGAGAAUGCGCGCCUGACCUGACGAUGCUAGUUCUGGAGUUCUGUCCUAGCGUGUCAUUACAGGAGCUACCGUCAUCUCCCUGGCCCCGCCCUUCCUUCGAAUACGCGCUGCAUCUCGCUGCUUUAUCGCACUUGGAGCAUCUCGGACUGAACAUACCGGUAGACAGACGCCGCGUGGCUACGAACGCUCUCAUCGCUCUGGAACGUGCAGAACGCCCGACGAGCGGCGACGAAAUCUUCUCAGACGAUGAAGCCGACGAAGACGACAGUGUAGGGGAGAACGCUGCCAUGGCUACAGCGCGCCUCUUUGCUGUUUACGGGCGCAGACUAAAGACGAUCUUCUUCGACAAAGUCGAGUGGCCGCAUUGGGGCUCAGGAUGGGCUGUUGAUCGGGAUAUCGACGGCACUCCUUUGCUCCGCAACAAGCUUACCGAUCGUGAGCGCGCGCAGGGUGAGGAAUUCGCGUCGUAUUGUCGGGAUUGGGAGUUUGAAGGGAAGGAGGGCGAGGAAAUACUACGUGGCGAAGUGUGA